GGUAUCUGGAUCCAUCUCCAGUGAAUUCCUCUGCAGCCCCUGCCAGACAUAUGGGAUCAAUCACGGCUCCGGCGCUGGUGCGCUUGCUGCGGGGAUGUUGACAGCCUGACAGACGCGGGGUUCUGGUGUCAUGGAAUCUCCGCGUCUUUGGCUGGAUCCCGGCAGGAGAACGAGAGGGGGAGGAGAGAGAUAGAGGCAGAGAUAGAGGAAGGAGAGAAGAGAGGCGAGAGGGAGAGACGGAGAGAGGAGGGAGAGAAGGAGGGAAGCGGGAGAUUUUUCUUGACUGCCCCCUUUCCUUCAAGCAUUUUAUAGGCUUCAGGGCGAGAGAGGAGGAGAAAGGGAGGAAAAAAAAGAGGAGAGCCAGAGGGUAGCGCGCGCGACUCUCUCCCGGAGCCCCCGAGCUGCCGGAGGGGUCUGGAUUGUGUCCCCGGUGUCAGAUGAAAGGGCGCUGAGGCUCACGGCCGCUGCCCCGCGUUCCGCUGGGCGCACGCCCCUCGGCGAUCCCGAGCCCCGCCGCCCCGCGCCUCUCCCGGCCGGGGCCGCCGCCUGCGCUCAGGGGCGGCCACUCGGUCUCCAGCGCAAUGUGGCCGCGCCUGGCCUUUUGUUGCUGGGGUCUGACGCUCGUUUCGGGCUGGGCGACCUUUCAGCAGAUGUCCCCGUCGCCCAAUUUCAGCUUCCGCCUCUUCCCCGAGGCCGCGCCGGGGAAGCUGCCCGCGCUGCCCACGCCGGGCGAGGACGCGGCGGAGAGCAAAGUGGAGCGGCUGGGCCAGGCGUUCCGGCGACGCGUGCGGCGGCUGCGGGAGCUCAGCGAGCCUGUCUUCCUGGUGGACGAGUCGUCCAGCGUGGGCCAAGCCAACUUCCUCAGCGAACUCAAGUUCGUCCGCAAGCUGCUGUCGGACUUCCCCGUGGUGCCCACGGCCACGCGCGUGGCCAUCGUGACCUUCUCGUCCAAGAACAACGUGGUGCCGCGCGUGGAUUACAUCUCCUCCCGCCGCGCGCACCAGCACAAGUGCGCGCUGCUCAGCCGCGAGAUCCCGGCCAUCACCUACCGCGGAGGCGGCACCUACACCAAGGGCGCCUUCCAGCAAGCCGCGCAAAUUCUUCGUCAUUCUAGAGAAAACUCAACAAAAGUGAUAUUUCUCAUUACUGAUGGAUAUUCCAAUGGGGGCGAUCCUAGACCAAUUGCAGCUUCUCUACGAGAUUUCGGAGUGGAGAUCUUCACUUUUGGCAUAUGGCAAGGAAACAUUCGAGAACUGAACGACAUGGCAUCCACCCCCAAGGAGGAACAUUGUUACCUGCUCCAUAGUUUUGAAGAAUUUGAGGCUUUAGCUCGCCGGGCAUUGCAUGAAGAUCUACCUUCUGGGAGUUUUAUUCAAGAGGAUAUGUCACACUGCUCAUAUCUUUGUGAAGCUGGCAAAGACUGCUGUGACCGAAUGGCAAGCUGCAAAUGUGGGACACACACAGGCCAAUUCGAGUGCAUCUGUGAAAAGGGAUAUUACGGGAAAGGUCUGCAGUAUGAAUGUACAGCCUGCCCGUCAGGGACGUACAAACCUGAAGGCUCUCCAGGAGGAAUCAGUACCUGCAUUCCGUGUCCCGAUGAAAAUCACACCUCUCCACCUGGAAGUACGUCUCUUGAAGAUUGUGUCUGCAAGGAGGGGUACCGGGCAUCCGGCCAGACCUGCGAAGUUGUCCACUGCCCUGCCCUGAAGCCUCCUGAAAACGGUUACUUUAUCCAAAACAUUUGCAACAACCACUUCAAUGCAGCCUGUGGGGUCCGAUGUCACCCUGGAUUUGACCUCGUGGGAAGCAGCAUCCUCUUGUGUCUACCCAGUGGCUUGUGGUCUGGUUCAGAGAGCUUCUGCAGAGUGAAAAUAUGCCCUCACCUCCGCCAGCCCAAACAUGGCCGCAUCAGUUGUUCUACCGGGGACAUGUCCUAUAAGACAACAUGUUUGGUUACCUGUGAUGAAGGGUACAGACUAGAAGGAAGUGUUAGGCUCACCUGUCAAGGAAAUGCCCAAUGGGAUGGGCCAGAACCUCGGUGUAUAGAGCGCCACUGCUCCACCUUUCAGAAGCCCAAAGGUGUCAUCGUAUCCCCACCAAGCUGUGGCAAGCAGCCAGCUAAACCUGGGACAACUUGUCAGCUCAGCUGUCGGCCAGGGUUCAUUUUAUCUGGAGUCAGAGAAGAAGUGAGAUGUAGCACUUCUGGCAAAUGGAGUGCUCGAGUUCAGGCGGCUGUGUGUAAAGAUGUGGAACCUCCUCAGAUUACGUGUCCUAAAAACAUAGAAGCUAAGACUCAGGAACAGCAAGACUCCGCUAACAUUACCUGGCAAAUCCCAACAGCUAAAGACAACUCUGGUGAAAAGGUGUCAGUCCAUGUUCAUCCGGCUUUUACUCCCCCUUACCUUUUCCCAAUUGGAGACAUUGCCAUCACGUACACGGCAGCUGACCUCGCCGGCAAUCAAGCCAGCUGUACUUUCCAUGUCAAGGUGAUCGAUGUAGAACCACCUGUCAUCGACUGGUGCCGCUCUCCACCUCCACUUCAAGUUUCAGAAAAGGAGCAUGUGGCAAGCUGGGAUGAGCCUCAGUUUUCAGACAACUCAGGGGCUGCAUUGGUCAUCACCAGAAGUCACACACAGGGAGAUCUUUUCCCUCAUGGGGAGACUAUUGUGCGAUACACAGCCACUGACCCCUCAGGCAAUAACAGAACAUGUAACAUUCGCAUCGUCAUAAAAGGUUCUCCCUGUGAAGUUCCAUUUACACCUGUAAAUGGAGAUUUUAUUUGCACUCACGAUAGUACUGGAGUUAACUGCACAUUGAUUUGCUUGGAUGGCUAUGAUUUCACCGAAGGGUCCACUGAGAAGUAUUAUUGUGCUUAUGAAGAUGGUAUCUGGAAUCCACCAUACUCCACUGAGUGGCCAGACUGUGCCAUAAAACGUUUUGCAAACCAUGGAUUCAAGUCCUUUGAAAUGCAGUACAAAGCCACUCGUUGUGAUGACACAGAUUUGUUGAAGAAGUUUUCUGAUGCAUUUGAGACCACGCUGGGGAAGAUGGUCCCAUCAUUUUGCAGUGACGCUGAUGACAUUGACUGCAGACUGGAGGACUUGACCAAAAAAUAUUGCCUAGAAUAUAAUUAUGACUAUGAAAAUGGCUUUGCAAUUGGACCAGGUGGUUGGGGCGCAGCCAACAGGUUGGAUUACUCUUACGAUGACUUCUUAGAUGCUGUGCAAGAAACAUCCACCAGCAUUGGCAAAGCCAGAUCGUCACGGAUUCAAAGAAGUGCCCUGUUAUCUGACCACAAAAUUAAGUUAAUCUUUAACAUCACAGCUAGUGUGCCAUUACCUGAUGAAAGAAACGAUACCCUUGAAUUAGAAAAUCAGCAGCGGCUCAUUAAGACUUUGGAAACUAUCACAAAUCGGCUGAAAAGGACACUCAAUAAAGAACCCAUGUACUCCUUCCAGCUUGCGUCUGAAAUGCUGGUAGCUGACAGCAAUUCAUUAGAAACGGAGAAGGCUUUCCUCUUCUGCAGACCAGGCUCAGUGCUGAGAGGCCGUAUGUGUGUCAAUUGCCCUUUGGGGACCUAUUAUUCUCUAGAACAUUCUGUCUGUGAAAGCUGCCGGAUGGGGUCCUACCAAGAUGAAGAAGGGCAACUUGAGUGCAAGCUUUGUCCCACUGGGACUUACACUGAGUAUCUCCAUUCGAGAAGCAUCUCUGAAUGUAAAGCUCAGUGUAAACAAGGAACCUACUCAUCCAACGGCCUUGAGACUUGUGAGUCAUGUCCACUGGGCACUUACCAGCCAGAACUUGGUUCCCGGAGGUGCCUCUCGUGUCCAGAAAACACUUCAACUGUGAAAAGAGGAGCCGUGGACAUUUCUGCUUGCGGAGUGCCUUGUCCAGUAGGAGAAUUCUCCCGUUCUGGGUUAAUGCCCUGUUAUGGGUGUCCUCAAGACUAUUACCAACCUAAUCCAGGGAAGUCUUUCUGCCUAUCCUGUCCUUUUUAUGGGACAACACCCAUUACUGGGGCCACGUCUAUCACGGAUUGUUCAAGUUUUGGUUCAACGUUCUCAGCAGCAGAGGAAAGUAUAAUGCCCCUUGCCUCUCCUGGACAUAUCAAAAAGAAAUAUGAAGUUAGCAGUCAGGUUUUCCACGAAUGCUUCUUAAAUCCUUGCCACAACAGUGGAACCUGCCAACAACUUGGGCAUGGUUAUGCGUGUCUCUGUCCACCUGGAUAUACAGGCUUAAAGUGUGAAAUCGACAUUGAUGAGUGCAGCUCCCUGCCAUGCCUCAAUGGCGGAGUCUGUAAAGACCGAGUUGGGGACUUCAUUUGUGAGUGUCCAUUGGGUUACACAGGUCAACUGUGUGAGGAAAACAUCAAUGAGUGUCACUCCAGUCCUUGUUUGAAUAAAGGAACCUGCGUGGACGGUGUGGAUGGCUAUCGCUGCACGUGUGUGAAAGGAUUCACAGGCCUGCACUGUGAAACAGAUAUCAACGAAUGCCAGCCAAGCCCCUGCCUAAACAACGCCAUCUGUGAAGACCAGGUUGGGGGUUUCUUGUGCAAGUGCCCGGCUGGAUUUUUGGGUACCCGGUGUGAAAUAAACAUAGAUGAAUGUCUCAGUCAGCCCUGCAAAAAUGGAGCUGCUUGUAAAGACGGUCCCAACAGCUUCAGAUGCCAGUGUGUGGCUGGCUUCAGCGGGUCAUACUGUGAACUGGAUAUCAAUGAAUGUCAGUCUAACCCUUGUAAAAAUCAGGCCACCUGUGUGGAUGAAUUAAACUCUUACAGUUGUAAAUGUCGGCCGGGAUUUUCAGGCAGCCAGUGUGAAACAGAACAGUCUACGGGCUUUAACCUGGACUUUGAGGUUUCUGGGAUCUAUGGAUACGUCAUGCUAGAUGGUGUGCUUCCAUCUCUCCAUGCUAUAACCUGUGCAUUCUGGAUGAAAUCCUCUGACAUCACCAACUAUGGAACGCCAAUCUCCUAUGCACUUGAGAAUGGCAGUGACAAUACCUUCCUCCUGACGGACUAUAAUGGCUGGGUUCUUUAUGUGAAUGGCAAGGAAAAGAUAACAGACUGCCCCUCGGUGAACGAUGGCAGAUGGCAUCACAUUGCAGUCACCUGGACAAGUGCCGACGGAGCCUGGAAAGUCUAUAUCGAUGGGAAAUUAUCUGAUGGUGGGUCUGGCCUCUCUGUGGGUUCGGCAAUACCAGGUGGUGGAGCGUUAGUUCUUGGUCAAGAGCAAGACAAAAAAGGAGAGGGAUUCAACCCAGCUGAGUCUUUUGUCGGCUCCAUAAGCCAGCUCAACCUCUGGGACUAUGCCCUGUCUCCACAGCAGGUGAAAUCACUGGUUACCUCCUGUCCAGAGGAGCUCCGCAGAGGAAAUGUAUUAGCCUGGCCUGAUUUCUUGUCGGGAAUUGUGGGGAGAGUGAAGAUUGAUUCCAAGAGCAUAUUCUGUUCUGAUUGCCCACCUUUGGAAGGAUCAGUGCCUCAUCUGAGAACUGCAUCAAUAGAUGUAAAGCCAGGCUCUAAAAUCAGUCUGUUCUGUGACCCAGGCUUCCAGAUGGUCGGGAACCCUGUGCAGUACUGCCUGAAUCAAGGACAGUGGACACAACCACUCCCUCACUGUGAACGGAUUAGCUGUGGGGUGCCACCCUCUUUGGAGAACGGCUUAUAUGCAGCUGAGGACUUCCAUGCUGGUAGCACGGUAACCUACCAGUGCAACAGUGGCUACUAUUUGUUGGGUGAUUCGAGGAUGUUCUGUACAGAUAAUGGGAGCUGGAAUGGCAUUUCGCCAUUAUGCCUUGAUGUGGAUGAGUGUGCUGUUGGAUCGGAUUGCAGUGAGCAUGCGUCCUGCCUGAACACAAACGGAUCCUACAUAUGCUCGUGUACCCCACCGUACACAGGAGAUGGUAAAAACUGUGCAGAACCUAUAAAAUGUAAGCCUCCAGGAAAUCCAGAAAAUGGCCACUCUUCUGGUGACAUUUACACGGUGGGUGCCGAAGUCACAUUUUCAUGUGACGAAGGACACCAGUUGGUGGGAGUAACCAAAAUCACAUGUUUGGAGUCUGGAGAAUGGAAUCAUCUGAGACCACACUGUGAAGCUAUUUCCUGUGGUGCACCAGCUAUUCCAGAAAAUGGUGGUAUUGAUGGUUCAGCAUUUACCUAUGGCAGUAAAGUGAUAUAUAGGUGUGAUAAAGGAUAUACUUUGGCUGGUGAUAAAGAAUCAUCCUGUCUUGCUAGUGGCUCUUGGAGUCAUUCUCCUCCUGUGUGUGAAUUAGUGACGUGUUCUAGUCCUGGAAACAUACAUAAUGGAAAAUACAUCUUGAGCGGGCUUACCUAUCUCUCUACUGCUUCAUAUUCAUGUGAGAGUGGAUACAGUUUACAAGGCCCUUCCCUCAUUGAGUGCACAGCAUCCGGCAGCUGGGACAGAGCGCCACCUACCUGUCACCUGGUCUCCUGCGGAAAGCCUCCAGCCAUCAAAGAUGCUGAAAUCACUGGGAGUAACUUUACUUUUGGGAACACUGUCACUUACUCCUGCAAAGAAGGCUAUACCCUUGCUGGUCCUGACACCAUUGAAUGCCUGGCCAAUGGCAAGUGGAGUGGAAGUGACCAGCAGUGUCUGGCUGUCUCCUGUGAUGAGCCUCCCAACAUAGACCACGCCUCCCCAGAGACUGCCCAUCGGCUCUUCGGAGACAUUGCGUUCUACUACUGCUCCGAUGGUUACAGCCUGGCAGACAAUUCUCAGCUCCUCUGCAAUGCUCAUGGAAAGUGGGUUCCCCCAGAGGGUCAGGCCAUGCCCCGUUGCAUUGCUCAUUUCUGUGAAAAACCUCCAUCUGUUUCCUAUAGCAUCUUGGAAUCUGUGAGCAAACCAAAAUUUGCAGCUGGCUCAGUUGUGAGCUUCAAAUGCAUGGAGGGUUUUGUGCUGAAUACCUCAGCAAAGAUUGAAUGUAUGAGAGGCGGCCAGUGGAACCCAUCCCCCAUGUCCAUCCAGUGCAUCCCUGUGCGGUGUGGAGAGCCACCGAGCAUCAUGAAUGGCUAUGCAAGUGGAUCAAACUACAGUUUUGGAGCCACAGUGGCUUAUAGUUGCAACAAGGGAUUCUACAUCAAAGGAGAGAAGAAGAGCACCUGCGAAGCCACGGGGCAAUGGAGCAGCCCCAUACCCACAUGCCACCCUGUAUCCUGCAAUGAACCACCUAAGAUUGAGAAUGCCUUUCUGGAGCAUACAACUGGCAGGAUUUUUGAGAGUGAAGUGCGGUAUCGGUGUAACCCAGGCUUUAAAUCAGUUGGAAGUCCUGUAUUUGUCUGCCACGCCAAUCGCCACUGGCACAGUGAGUCCCCUCUGUCAUGCAUUCCUCUCAACUGUGGAAAACCUCCCCCGAUCCAGAAUGGCUACAUGAAAGGAGAAAAUUUUGAAGUGGGGUCCCAGGUUCAUUUUUUCUGUCACGAGGGCUAUGAGCUUGUUGGUGACAACACUUGGACAUGCCAGAAAUCUGGCAAGUGGAAUAAGAAGCCAAACCAAAAGUGUGUGCCUACCAAGUGCCCAGAACCACCCCUCUUAGAAAACCAGCUAGUAUUGAAGGAGUUGACUACAGAAGUAGGAGUGGUGACAUUCUCAUGUAAAGAAGGACUUGCCCUGCAAGGCCCCUCGGUCCUGAAAUGCUUGCCAUCCCAGCAAUGGAAUGAUUCUUUUCCAGUUUGCAAGAUGGUCCUAUGCCUCCCACCUCCCCUAAUUCCCUUUGGUGUCCCUGCUGCUUCUUCCAUUUAUUUUGGAAGUAUUGUCAAGUAUUCUUGUGUGGAAGGGUUUUUCCUAAGAGGAGCUCCUACUACCAUCUGCCAAGCGGAUGGCACCUGGAGCUCUCCGCUGCCAGAGUGUGUCCCUGUAGAAUGCCCCCAACCUGAGGAAAUUCCCAAUGGCAUCAUCGAUGUGCAAGGCCUCGCCUACCUCAGCACAGCCCUCUACACCUGCAAACCAGGCUUUGAGUUGAUGGGAAAUACUACCAUCCUUUGUGGAGAAAAUGGUAACUGGCUUGGAGGAAAACCAACAUGUAAACCCAUUGAGUGCCCAAAGCCCAAGGAGAUUCUGAAUGGCAAGUUUUCUUACACAAACCUGCACUUUGGACAGACCAUUACAUACUCUUGUGACCGAGGCUUCCGGCUUGAAGGUUCCAACGUCUUGACCUGCUUAGAGACAGGUUAUUGGGAUGUGGAUGCUCCAUCUUGCAAUGCCAUCCACUGCAACCCCCCACAACCCAUUGAAAAUGGUUUUGUCGAAGGUGCAGAUUAUAGCUAUGGUGCUAUGAUCAUCUAUAGCUGCUUCCCUGGGUUCCAGGUAUCUGGUCAUGCCAUGCAGACCUGUGAAGACUCAGGAUGGUCAAGUUCCAUCCCAACCUGUGUACCCAUAGACUGUGGUCUCCCUCCUCACAUAGAUUUUGGAGACUGUAUCAAAGUUAAAGAUGGCCAGGGAUAUUUUGACCAAGAAGAUGACAUGAUGGAAGUUCCAUAUCAGACUCCUCACCCGCCCAGUACUCCCAAAGGGGAAAAUACAAAGGAGUCUCCUGUUUCACAUUCAUCGAACUUUCUAUAUGGCAGCAUGGUUUCAUACACCUGUAAUCCAGGAUAUGAACUUUUGGGGAACCCUAUGCUGGUUUGCCAGGAAGAUGGAACUUGGAAUGGUAGUGCACCUUCCUGCAUUUCAAUGGCAUGUGAUUUGCCUGUUGUUCCUGAAAAUGGUUUCUUGCAUUUUACAGAGACUACCAUGGGCAGUGCUGUGCAGUAUAGUUGCAAACCUGGACACGUUCUAGUGGGCUCUGAUAUAAGACUUUGUCUACAGAAUAGGAAGUGGAGUGGUGUUUCUCCACACUGUGAAGCUAUUUCAUGCAAAAAACCAAAUCCAGUCAUGAAUGGAUCUAUCAAAGCAAGCAAUUACACGUAUCUUAGUGUGUUGUACUAUGAGUGUGACCCUGGGUAUGUGCUAAAUGGCACUGAGAGGAGAACAUGCCAAGAAAAUAAAAAUUGGGAUGGGAAUGAACCAAUUUGCAUUCCAGUGGACUGUGGCUUACCCCCAGUCUCACAAAAUGGCCAAGUGAGAGGAAAUGAGUACACAUUCCAAAAAGAGAUUGAGUACACGUGCAAUGAAGGGUUCUUGCUCAAGGGAGCCAGUAGUCGCGUGUGUCUUGCUGAUGGAAGUUGGAGUGGAGUCACUCCCAGCUGCGUACCUGUCAGGUGUGCCAGCCCACCACAGGUGGCAAAUGGGAUGAUGGAUGGCCUGGAUUUUGGCUUCAGGAAGGAGGUGGUAUUCCACUGUCAGGAAGGCUACAUGUUGCAAGGUGCUCAAAAACUCACUUGCCAGUCAGAUGGGAACUGGGAUGCAGAGGUUCCUCUCUGUAAACCAGUCAACUGUGGACCUCCAGAAGAGGCUGCCCAUGGCUUCCCCAAUGGGUUUUCUUUCUACCACGGGGGGCAUAUACAGUACCAGUGCUUUCCUGGUUAUAAGCUCCAUGGAAGUUCUUCAAGAAGGUGUCUCUCCAAUGGCUCCUGGAGUGGCAGCCCACCCUCCUGCCUACCUUGCAGGUGUCCCACGCCAGUAAUUCAGUAUGGAACUGUCAAUGGGACAGAUUUUGGUUGUGGAAAGGCAGCCUGGAUUCAGUGCUUCAGAGGCUUCAAGCUCGUAGGACCUCCUGAAAUCACCUGUGAAGACAGUGGCCACUGGAGUUCUGGCUUCCCACACUGUGAACACACUUCUUGUGGUUCCCUCCCAGCAAUACCAAAUGCACUCAUCAGUGAGAGUAGCCCUUUGGAGGAAAAUGUGAUAAAUUAUGGCUGCAGACCUGGGUAUGUCAUGCAAGGCAAUUCAAACCUGAUUUGUACAGAGAAAGGAACAUGGAGCCAGCCUUUUCCAGCCUGUGAGCCUCUGUCCUGUGGACCCCCACCCUUUGUCGCCCAUGCAGUGGCAACUGGAGAAGCACACACUUACGAAAGUAAAGUGAAGCUCAGGUGUCUGGAAGGUUAUAUGAUGGAUACAGAUACAGAUACAUUUACCUGUCAGAAAGAUGGCCGUUGGCUUCCUGAAAAAAUCUCUUGCAGUCUCAAAAAAUGUCCUCUGCCAGCCAACACGACACAUAUCCUUGUUCACGGGGAUGAUUUUGGUGUGAAUAAGCAGAUUUCUGUGUCAUGUACAGAAGGGUACACCUUUGAGGGAGUUAACAUAUCAACGUGUCAGCUUGAUGGAACCUGGGAGCCACCAUUUUCUGAUGAAUCCUGUAGUCCAGUUUCUUGUGGGAGUCCUGAAAGUCCAGAACAUGGAUUUGUGGUUGGCAGUAAAUACAACUUCAAAAGCACAGUUAUUUAUCAAUGUGAACCUGGCUAUGAAUUAGAGGGGAACAGCCAACGCCUCUGUCAGGAGGACGGACAGUGGAGUGGAGAGGUGGCAACAUGCAAAAAAACCAGGUGUGAAGCUCCAUUGGGGUUUCUGAACGGAAAUGCUGAUAUUGAAAACACUACAGCUGGACUCCGUGUGGUAUUUUCCUGCAACAGAGGCUACAGUCUUGAAGGGUCGCCAGAGGCACACUGCACUGAAAAUGGAACUUGGGGCCAACCCACUCCUCUCUGCAAACCAAACCCAUGCCCCGUUCCUUUCGUGAUUCCUGAGAAUGCUCUGCUUUCUGAAAAGGAGUUUUACGUCGGUCAGAACGUGUCCAUCAAGUGCAGGGAAGGCUUCUUGCUCCAAGGCCAAGGCGUCAUCACCUGCAGCCCCGAUGAGACGUGGACACAGACAAACGCCAAAUGUGAAAAAAUUUCAUGUGGUCCACCAGCUCAUGUAGAAAAUGCAAUCGCUCGAGGAGUACAUUAUCAGUAUGGGGACAUGAUCACCUACUCGUGCUACAGUGGCUACAUGCUGGAAGGUUCCCUAAGGAGUGUUUGCCUGGAAAAUGGGACAUGGACAUCACCUCCUACCUGUAGAGCUGUCUGCCGAUUCCCUUGUCAGAAUGGCGGUGUCUGCCAGCGACCAAAUGCUUGCUCCUGUCCAGAUGGCUGGAUGGGGCGCCUCUGUGAAGAACCAAUAUGCAUUCUUCCCUGUCUGAACGGCGGUCGCUGUGUGGCCCCUUACCAGUGUGUCUGCCCCCCUGGCUGGACUGGGUCCCGCUGUCAUACAGCUGUUUGCCAGUCUCCUUGCUUAAAUGGUGGGAAAUGUGUACGGCCAAACCGAUGCCACUGCCUUUCAGCCUGGACAGGACAUGACUGUUCCAGGAAAAGGAGGACUGGGUUUUAACCACCACACAACUCACUGGCUCUCUCAAAGCAGGAUCAUCUCUUCCUGGUAGCGCCUGGGCAUCCUGGAAUUUAUGCAAAGAAAGUCCAACAUGGUGCUGGAUCUUGUUUAGUGAACUUGUUAUUUGGGGGUUUUUAUUUUGUGAUAUAUUUUGUUAUUCCUUGUGUCAUACUUUCUUAUGUUUCCAUUUUUAAAUAUGCCUGUAUUUUCUAUAUAAAAAUUAUAUUAAAUAGACGCUCUCCCACCCUCACAAAAUGUACAUACUCUGCUGUCUAUCGGAAAAGCCCUCGGUUCACAUUUUUAUUCAGUUACAUAGGAUGGUUUUUUUUUCCAAUUAAAAUAUAUUUUGCUACUAAAUACUACUUUGCUGGAUAUGAGAGGGCCGGGAAAUAAUAAAGAGGAGCCAUGUUCUUUCAGCUGUGCCACUGAUAUAACACACAAUCACGUGAAACACACCAAGAUAGUUACCAUAAAGAAGAGUCCUCCCUUCUAGUUCCACCUCCUUUCUAAUACAGGGGUGGGGGAUAUUCAAAAGGUUCACGGAAAUGCAUAUAAUAAAAAAAAAUCUCUGCGUGAAUUUUAGUGGGUUGUUUUGCACCAAAAUAAACCUGUGCUUCUAUUUUUCCACUAACGUUUUGACGUCCCCUCAUAUGUCUACAAAUAAAGAUCUCCUUUUAUCUAACCAGAGAGUAACUGUUGGGUAGAG